AUGUCAAAUGAAACAGCGUCUAUGAGAGAAAUACAACACAACCGACAACUCAUUGUGCAAGCUCUAAAUAAGAACACAACAAACUUUUCAAACUAUUCUAAGAUAUCUGAGUCAUUGAAAGAAGGAAACUUAAAACUGACAUUAAACCCAAUGACAGAUGAGUUUCUGUUUCAAGACAAUAAGAACCAUACUGUCUGUAUAAAUCCAACAAAAGGAACUUUAAACGAGAAACCUAUAAAUGAACUUCUUUUGAAAGCAGAUGUUGACAACAAAGCUGACAAAGAAUAUGUAGACGAUGCAAUAGCAAAAGAAGAAGAAAGAGCUAACAAUGCUUAUGCAACAAAAGAACAUACUCAUCCUGAACUAGCAGACAAAACAUAUGUUGACAAUAAAAUGUCAAGUGAAGUGACAAGAGCUGAAAACGAAUAUUCUAAAAAGACUCAUACACAUUCUAUAUCUGAAAUAACAGACUUACAAGAAACCUUAAACAGUAAAAGUGCCGUUGGACAUACACAUACAUCUUCUGAAAUAACAGACUUAAACGUUAGCCUUGAAAAGAAGGCAGAUUAG